AUGUCUUGGAGCGAGACCCUUCGGUUGGAGCUACAGCCCUACAACGUUCGAGUUAUCUCACUUGUCACCGGCACCGUCGCCACAAAUGUUAUGUCACACGCCAACCUGACCCUGCCCAAGAGCUCACUCUACCACAAGGCGCUUCCGGAGAUUCAAAUACGCGGUGCCGGGAAGGAUGUCUUAAGCAAGAGCGCACCCGACGAUUUUGCUCGCCAGGUUGUGCAGGAUAUCCUGGCCGGAGCCUCAGGUCCCGUAUGGCGCGGAGCUAUGGCUUCCAUGGUGAAGGUCGUUUCCAAAUACAUACCGACGGGAAUUUGGGUAGUGCCAGCAUGUGCAUCCAUUCUCGUGUCUCUCAACGACAUGGAUUGA